AUGGGUGUGAUUGGAAUCUGGGUGGGGGACCGUGCCAAUGUCCUGCCAGUCCCCAGCGACGGGCCAAACACAUCCAUCCCACAGGGGGCCAGUCGGAGGAGUGCGGGGACUGUGUGGCCCCACCCAGGGCCGACCCGAGGGAGCCGGCGGCGACAAGACCACGGACAGAGGCCGAGCCACCCCACACCCAGGCAGGCUGCAGAGGCCCAGGGUCCCCGCACCCAGAGCCAACCAGUGCCCGAGGGCAGGGCCCUCCACCGGGGGGAGCAGAGCCCCCCCCAGACCGCCGGCCAGAUACCCAACACAGUCACCCCCACCGCCCCCCAGAAGCCGACCGCAUGCCCCCUAGCCCAGGGAGGGACAAGCGGAGGCCCACGUAGGGACACCAGCCAAGGGGGCCCCCAGAGACGGAAGAGAGGCAGACCCCCGAGCCGGUCCAGGGCAGAUUCCCCAGGCCACCACGGCAUUCCCAACGGCAGCAAUCCCCAGACCCCGGCCCCACCCACAGCCGCCCAGGGACAGUCCAGACCAGGCCCACGCCCCACCCCAUCUCCCACCCCAAAGGUCCCCAAAGCAAGGUGCCCCCCGUGUGCCCCAGAGCGCAGCAGGGGCACAGCAGCACGCACCUCCCCGCCACCCCGGAGGGCAGAUCCCAGGGGGGAUCACCCCCCCCCCCCCCCCGCUAGGGGCCAACUCCACCCCCCAGUGCCCCACGGGCCCCAGCGUGCAGAGACCCAGAGCCCCUACCCCCACCCGCAGCACGGCGCCAGCCCAGCCCGAGCCCACGGACCACCCCCCCCAACCUCCACGGGCCCCCAGGCUAAGGUGGCAGCCCCCCCACAGAUCCACCCCAACUCCCGCAGGGCAGACCCACAGCCACCGAGGGACGGUAGACCCAGGGCCACCAACCCACACAGACCACCAGACAACCCCGGCACCCCAGAUGCACGGCCCGCAGCACCACAGACCGACCAGGGAAGACACAGUCACCAACCCACACUAGGAAAUAUAAUCAAUUAG